GGAUAAUCCGAUAGAGAACUAGACUGGUACUAGGAAGGUACUUGGGUGUCAUUUUGGCCCCCUUGCACGAUUGAAUACCUUCGUGGUUCUUCAGCGAGUUAUGAAGCUAUAAAUGGUGCUACUGGCGAGGGUUUGAGCCACAAAGACAAGUCUACUGCGAUGGUCUGCUUUGCCAUUACCCUAUUCGUAAUCACUCAUCUUUGGGCUUCUGCAACAGCCGCCGUCUCCCGACGACAAGCUACUACAGAUGUUCACUUGGCCGUAUCCCCCAAUUGCGGGAGUCUCUCAGGACCUCCUGCAGACGUCAACAAUGGCCUGAAGCCUUUGACCAGCUACAACACGAUUGUGGCAUUUGGUGAUUCGUAUACAUCUGGAAGCACGUUCAAUGGGUCUGCCCUUGUGCAACCUGUUUUAUCUCCUCCAAACCCCAAUGCUGGGGGUCGAAUCACGAACGGUGCACUAUGGGUUGAGAAUCUGGCUGCUGCGGCGAAUGCUUCGUUGCAGGAUUGGGCAGUGAAUGGAUCCGUCGUGGACCACAAUAUGUAUUUGGACAUCGAUUUCACGGGUAUACCGGAUUAUAUGACGCAGGUCCAAAACUAUAUCGGGGUGCGGCCUUCAUCGGUCGUAGACGACACAUUAUAUGUGAUCUUCAUGGGCAUGGGUGACUACGAAUUAAGGAACGAAAUAUACCAGGGACCAACAAGCCUCACAACUAUCGCCUCCGACAUCAUCUAUUCCAUCCUUGAGCUCAGUUCGAACCCCGUGUUCGCUAAAAAUUUCUUAAUAGUAGACAACUAUGGGCGUGGAACGGAAUCUGACGCCGGAGAUGCAUACAAGACGUCCUUGUUCACGCAGUUGUACGAGAUAUCUAACGAUCUGGAUUACGAUUUUAGUUUCGCAUUUGUUGAUUUCAAAACGCUUUGGGAUGGAGUCUUAAAUGGUAGUCCGGGAUACGAAGCCUUUGGAUAUACCAAUGCUGGUGCAUGUCUUUCGAAUGACAUGUCAAUGACUGGGGAAUGUGACGACCCCGAACAUACAUUUUAUUGGAUUCCAGGAAACCCAUCUGCAGUGACACACUCCAUCAUGGCUGAGUAUGUUCAGGAGGUGUUGACGCAAUGCGUGGCAUGAAGUCAAGGUUUACAGAAUCCAGUGAAGAAACAC